AUGUACCAAUUUCAACAACAGACGUCCCCGUCGACACCUACCCCGCCACCCCUUCCCGGCGGAUUCAACACCAGCCCGGCCCUCUCGGCGCAUCACGCCAACACCACGCACGUCCCACCGCCGCCGCCGCCGGCGUCGUCAGAGACAGGCCAAGAAGCCACGACGAAGCUCGCCGAGGCGAUUGACGACUUUCUGGGCGACUUGGAGAAGAAAUUCAAGGGUAUCAGUGACGAGAUCCUCACCAAGCUGGACGAUAUGGCGGAGCGGUGUGAUCGGUUGGAGCAGGAGAUGUUGGUGAGAGAGACGAGCAGUCAUGCGCUGGAGGGCGUCGGGUCCAAGGGCCCGGGCAGUCAGGCUGGGUCGGGGUGA